GAGUGCUGUUAUUUGUAAAAGCUUUUGAUGGAUGAUUGCUCUGUGUGUGUGUGAGAUAGAGGGAGUGAGGGAGUCCCCCCCUUUCUUUUUUCUUUUUUUUCUAGUGGCUCACUGUUCAGUGCACAAUGACUCAAUGAAAAGUGGAGGGGAGAGGCAAGCACACUGUACGGCUGCGAGAGAGAGAGAGAGAGAGCAGAGAACACACAGGAGAGUAGAAGAAGAGAAGGCAAUUGGAGGAAGCUCUAAAGCUGGGGACAAGAAGAAGAAGAAGAAGAGGAGGAGGAGGAUAUACUUGUCUUCCCCCCCUCUGGUUCUCUCUCUGAAAGGCCACUCUGGGAUCAAGUGGCAGCCGUUCAGUCUCAGCUGAACUUCACCUGGCUGUGCCGCCGUCUGUCUCAGCCUCUUCAAGCUUUUCACUCUUUGCACUUGAGGCAUUUUUGUCCACUUUUUUCUUUUUUGUUUUUUUGUUUGUUAGUUUUUUUGUUUUUUAAAGGAAGGUAUCGCCGGUGGUGGUGGUCACUCACUCCAAGGUAGAGGAAGGGGGACGGGAUCUGUGCUGGUUUUUCUCUGCAGCGCCGCAGGGUAAGCAGGAUGCCUGCUGGGAGAAGAGGGGAUGGAGCCGGGUCAGGAGGCUGUGGGAUGGAGGCGGCGGCGGCGGCGGCGGCCGGGUCCCCGGGCCGGGCUCUUCUGUCUGGGCUGCGGAUGAUGCUGCUGUGGGGCGUCCUGCUGCUGCUGGCAGGUCGGGGAGGUGCGGAGGCGUGCCCUGCUGCCUGCAGCUGCCUGGGGAACACGGUGGACUGUCACGGCCUGGGGAUCCACUCCGUACCCAGGAACAUCCCCAGAGGCACCGAGAGGCUCGAUCUGAACGGAAACAACCUGACGGUCGUCACCAAGACGGACUUCUCCGGUCUCAAACACCUCAGAGUCCUUCACCUGAUGGAGAAUCAGAUCAGUAACGUUGAGAGGGGAGCGUUUGACGAGCUGAAGGAGCUGGAAAGACUUCGUCUGAACAAGAACCGCCUCAGCCAACUGCCGGAGCUGCUGUUCCAGAAGAACGAAGCUUUGUCUCGACUGGACCUGAGUGAAAACACCAUCCAGGCCGUCCCAAGGAGGGCGUUCAGAGGAGCCACGGACCUCAAAAACCUGCAGCUGGAUAAAAACCACAUCAGCUGUAUCGAGGAGGGGGCGUUCAGAGCUCUGCGCUCUCUGGAAGUGCUCACACUGAACAACAACAACAUCAGCAGUAUCCCAGUCUCCAGUUUCAACCACAUGCCGAAGCUCCGCACCUUUCGCCUCCACUCUAACUCUCUGCGUUGUGACUGUCACCUGGCCUGGCUGUCUCCAUGGUUGCGGCAGCGGCCGGCGUUGGGCCUCUACACCCAGUGCAGCUCUCCUCCCACGCUGAGGGGCCUCAACCUCGCCGAGCUGCGCAAGAGCGACUUCGCCUGCUCAGGUCACGGUGGCAGCGCCUUCGUUCAGCCGUGCAGCCUGGCGUCCGGCUCCUGUCCUCCGAUGUGUUCCUGCAGCAACAACAUCGUGGACUGUCGAGGGAGGGGCCUCACUGCCAUCCCCGCCCACCUCCCUGAGGCCAUGACUGAGAUUCGUCUGGAGCAGAACGGCAUCAAGUCGGUUCCUCCAGGCGCCUUCACCUCCUACAAGAAGCUUCGGCGAAUAGACCUGAGUAACAACCAGAUAUCUGAGAUUGCUCCAGAUGCUUUCCACGGCCUCCGAGCUCUCAACUCUCUGGUCCUGUAUGGUAAUAAGAUCACCGAGCUGCCCAGCGGAGUGUUUGAUGGCCUGGCCUCGCUGGAGCUGCUGCUGCUGAAUGCAAAUAAGAUCCACUGCAUCAGAGCCACAGUGUUCAAAGAUCUGGAGAACUUGGCUCUGCUGUCGCUGUACGACAACAAGAUCCAGAGUCUGGCCAAAGGCACCUUCAGCUCACUGCACAGCAUCCAGACACUCCACCUGGCCCAGAACCCCUUUGUGUGCGACUGCAAUGUGAAGUGGCUGGCCGACUUCCUGCGUUCGAACCCCAUAGAGACCAGUGGAGCUCGCUGCGCCAGCCCUCGCCGCCUCGCCAACAAACGCAUCGCGCAGAUCAAGAGCAACAAGUUCCGAUGCUCCGCCAAAGAGCAGUACCACAUCCCAGGCACCGAGGACAGACGUCAGAGCUACGAGUGUAACAGUAAGCCGGUGUGUCCCGCUAAAUGUCGCUGCGAGGCAAAUGUGGUCGACUGCUCCAACCUCCGCCUCACCAAGUUCCCUGAACACCUGCCGUCCUCCACUGAAGAGCUGCGUCUCAACAACAACGACCUCUCCGUGCUGGAGGCCACCGGGGCGUUCAAGGGCCUGUCGCAGCUCAAGAAAAUCAACUUGAGCAACAACAAGAUCUCGGAUAUCGAGGACGGAGCGUUUGAAGGCGCCUCCUCGGCGGUGGAGCUUCACCUGACGGCCAAUCACCUGGAGUCCGUCAGAGGGAGCAUGUUCAAAGGCAUGGAGGGACUGCGCAUGCUGAUGCUGAGGAACAACCGGAUCAGCUGCAUCCAUAACGGCAGCUUCACAGGUCUGACCAACGUCAGGCUGCUCUCCCUGUACGACAACCAGCUGAGCACCAUCCUGCCCGGAGCCUUCGACACCCUGCCCAACCUGUCCACACUGAACCUCCUGGCAAACCCGUUCAACUGCGACUGCCGUCUGUCUUGGUUUGGGGCUUGGCUUCGCAGCAGACGGAUUGUGACGGGAAACCCUCGCUGCCAGGGCCCCGCCUUCCUCCGAGAGAUCCCGCUGCAGGACGUCGCUGUGCCCGACUUCCGCUGCGAGGAUGGCUCUGUGCUGGAUGACAGCAGCUGUGCCCCCGGGCCUCAGUGUCCGAACCAGUGCACCUGUAUGGACACGGUGGUGCGCUGCAGCAACAAACACCUGCAGGCUCUGCCCAGGGGGCUGCCCCGCAACGUCACCGAGCUGUAUCUGGAUGGAAACCAGUUCACCAGUGUUCCCAAAGAGUUGGCCACCUUCAAAUACCUGCAGCUUGUAGAUCUGAGCAACAAUAAAAUCAGCUCCCUGUCCGACGACUCCUUCUCCAACAUGAGCCAGCUCACCACGCUCAUCCUCAGUUACAACUCACUCCGCUGUAUCCCUCCUCUGGCACUAGGCGGCCUGCGCUCUCUGAGACUGCUCUCUCUCCAUGGCAACGACAUCUCCGAGCUGCAGCAGGGCAUCUUCAGCGACGUGGCCUCGCUGUCUCACCUAGCGAUCGGAGCCAACCCUCUGUACUGUGACUGCCGCCUGCUCUGGCUGUCAGACUGGGUGAAGAGCGGCUACAAGGAGCCCGGUAUCGCCCGCUGUGCCGGCCCCCGUGGCAUGGAGGGCAAGCUGCUGCUCACCACGCCCGCCGACAAGUUUCAGUGUCUGGGUCCUGUAGAAGCAUCUGUUCAGGCCAAAUGUAGUCCAUGUAUGUCCUCCCCCUGCCAGAACCAGGGCGUCUGCCAAGUCCACCACACACAACCGUUCACCUGCACCUGCAAAGCUGGAUUCACGGGUAAACACUGUGAGACUCCAGUUGACGCUUGUGUAAGUAAUCCCUGCACCAACGGAGGAAGCUGCCUGAGCGACGAGCAGACCAGAGGAUUCAGCUGUGCGUGCGCCUUCGGUUUCCACGGCACUUUCUGCGAGGUGAAUGUGGAUGACUGUCAGGACCACGGAUGUGAGAACGGCGCCACCUGCGUGGACGGAGUUGGCAACUACACCUGCUUGUGUCCUCCAAAGUACACAGGUCUGUUUUGUGAGGAAGAGGAAGGUGUGUGUUCUCCAGGUAGAAACCCCUGUCAGCAUCAGUCUACCUGCAUCAGCUCUCCUACCGGCCCCAGGUGUGUGUGUAUCCCAGGCUGGGUGGGGCCAGAAUGCAGUAUAGAUUAUAACGAGUGUGUUGAUCAUCGCUGUCAGAACGGAGCUCAGUGUGUCGACCAUCUGGAUGGCUACAGCUGCGACUGUCCACAGGGAUACAGUGGAGAGUUCUGUGAUGCGGCCCUCGCUCCCCCGUCACCCUGCCAGCUGGCCGAGUGUCAGAACGGCGCCCCCUGCGUGGAGAAGACAGGGGCAGCGGUGUGUCAGUGUCUGCCAGGCUUCGAGGGUCAGAGCUGCGAGAAGCUGGUCGGCGUCAAUUUCGUCAACAGAGAUUCUUAUGUUCAGCUUCAAGACGUCAAGAACUGGCCUCAAGCCAACAUCACACUGCAGGUGUCGACAGCAGAGGACAACGGUAUCUUGCUCUAUAACGGAGACGACGAGCCAAUCGCUGUGGAGCUCCACCAGGGUCAUGUCAGGGUUACCUACGACCCUGGCAACCAGCCUGCCACUGCUAUCUACAGCACGGAGACGGUGAACGACGGGCGUUUCCACACAGUAGAGCUGGUGACCUUUAACCGGAUGGUGAACCUGUCUGUGGACGGAGGAGAGCCGAUGACUCUGGACAGUCAGGGGCGGAGCCAGCUGGCGGCAGGGGAGGCCCCUCUGUACGUGGGAGGUAUGCCGGAGGAGGUGAUGCCCGCCUCUCUGGGUCUCUCCUCUCAGACCCUCAACAUGUCCAGUUUCCACGGCUGCAUCAGGAAUCUGUACAUCAACCACGAGCUGCAGGACUUCACCCGCAGCCACAUGAAGCCCGGGGUGGUGCCGGGCUGUCAGGCCUGCCGCAAACUCUACUGCCUCCACGGCAUCUGCCAACCCAACGCCGCACAGGGCCCCCAGUGUCACUGUCAGACGGGCUGGACGGGCCAACACUGUGACCAGCCAAUAGCGGGAGGCCUCUCUGGAAUGGAUGUCGUCACCACGGCAACCGGUGUCUCUCCAUGUGAAGGCAGCAAGUGUGUGAACGGCGUGUGCGUGGUGCUGGAUGCGCAAACGUACCGCUGCGACUGCGAGGCGGGAUACCGCGGCGCGCUGUGUAACCUGCAGGGGGAGCCGGCGGGGUCCUGUCAGGGUCUGCAGUGUCUGCACGGCCAGUGUCAGGAGACGGAGGAAGGAGAGCGCUGCGUCUGCGAGCAGGGAUACACCGGAGAGAGCUGUGAUAUAGAGUCCCCGUGCAGAGGAGAUCCAGUGAGAGAUUACCACCGGCUGCAGCGCGGCACCGUCCUCUGCCAGACGUCCAAACCUUUCUCCUGGGUGGAGUGUCGGGGCCGGUGCCAGGAAGGAACCGAGCCCGGCAUCACCGCCACUGCCGCCGCCCCCUGCUGCUCUCCCCUGAGGGUCCGACGCCGGCGGCUCACCUUCGAAUGCGACGACGGGACCUCGUUUACGCAGGACGUGGAGAAGCCUGUGGAAUGUGGCUGCAAGGAGUGUGUGUAGUACUGUGGGUGUGAGGGUGCGCACAUACACACAUGCAGACCCACACGCAUCCAAACACAACACACACACCAAGCUAAAGAGGUACACACACUGUAGGGAUUCUAUCACUGAUGAACAGACAUUUUUCUGGUGUUUGUUUUGUGUGUUUUUGCGCACAGACGCAGUUUUGUAACAUAAGACAGUUCUUCCCUCCUGAGACAUGAAAUCAACGAGUCAACCUCAUCGUCAUCUUCCUCUUCUUCACCUGCCGCAGGGCAGCCUGCCGCACUAACUACCUAACUCCAGCUCAUUAUUAAUACUCGUGUGUUGAAAAGCCUCCGUAUGCCUUCUCGUAUGUGUUUCUGAUGUGUGGCUGCUCCCCGUUCCCUCGCGGCCAGCGGCGACUCGUCGUAGGAAACAAAGGUACUAAUCUGAGUCACUUAUGAAUUAAAAGGCUUCACAGUCAGACUUGACAUUAAGAAUCACUCGUAUGUAAAGAUCUCACCUGUCAGACUUCAUGUGCAGGUGUUUUCUGAACAGUCUCCUGCAGACACGGCUGCUGUCUCUCUAAUAGGCUUCUCAUGUUUGUGCCGCACCGAUGAGGGUGUAAGCACCAGUAGUUCAGGUGUCAGGUAUGCACAUUUAAACAAGUCUGAGGCGGAGCAUGUGUUGUGGACACAGAGUAACGUGCUGAUUGGAGGUUUUUCUAACGAACAGCUGUGACAGUCUGACGUCCAAACAUUGUGCUUACAACAAAAAGCAUUAUUUUUUUCUCCUCAAAGCAUCUGGGAGCUUUAGAUAAUAUCAGUGACAACCCAAGCUACAGAAAUAUGAACACAGGCUGUAACUAGGAGCACAAUUUUCUUUUUUUUUAAAUCUCUGAUCACAACAUCAGGAUCGUUUAUGAUCACAGCAGAAAUCUUCAAAUCGUAAAAUAAACCAAGGUCAAUGAGUUUAGGGCAGAAUUUAAAUUAAAACAUACAUGAUUUGAACCUCGGACGUCACCAGAACCGAUUGAAAGGACUCAGUAGCGUCAUUUUUGUUAAAUCGGUACAUUUUGUAUUUUGUUUGGUUGGCAAAUUAAAUAAAGGUUUCUGUCCUUUCUGCACCACGUGGGCAGGAAGAAUCAGAUUUAUCAUAAAUAACCUGUUAAGUUAAAAAGCCCGUCAGUGGCGGUUACAAGAAUGAUUAACUGUAGACGAGCUUGUCUUCCGCUUGAGUCCAUUAACGUCGGCGACAUUAAAAUAGUCAGAUGUAUUGAUACUAACGAUCAGCACCACCUACUGUUGGAGGAGCUUCGCCAAUGCUUCAUUUGGUUCUCAUAAAUAGAAACGGACGUUGGAAGGGAGCAGUCGUCUUGUUCCGCUUCCUCUGACACGACGCGAACACAGCCGAAAGGUCAAAGGUGACGGAGUUCACGGGGGACAGCAGAGGGGUCGAGGCACGUUCCCAUCGCCGCUCAGCAGACGC